AUGGGGGACCACUUUGAGAAGGGCCAGCACGCUCUGCUCAAUGAAGGAGAAGAGAAUGAGAUGGAGAUAUUUGGCUACCGGACUCAAGGCUGCCGGAAAACCCUCUGUCUUGCUGGAUCCAUCUUCUCAUUUGGGAUUCUCCCCUUGGUGUUUUACUGGAGACCCGCUUGGCAUGUGUGGGCAAAUUGUGUCCCAUGUUCCUUGCAAGAGGCAGACGUCGUGUUGCUGAGGACAACAGAUGAAUUCCAAACUUACUCAUGGAAAAAGGUAAUGUGGAUCUACCUGUCAUCAUUAAACAGAGAGUUUGGUGUCACUCCUGACCACACUCUCAUUACAGAUGAGGAGUACAUCAUAAAUAGAGCCAUCAGAAAGCCAGACCUAAAGGUGAGAUGCAUAAAAGUGCAGAAAAUAAGGUAUGUUUGGAACAACUUAGAAGGACAGUUCCAGAAAAUUGGCUGUUUGGAAGACUGGCUCAGUUCUACCAAGAUACAUCUAAAAUUUGGAUCAGGUCUAACAAGAGAAGAACAAGAGAUUAGGAGGUUAAUAUGUGGGCCUAACACUAUCGAUGUUGAAAUCACACCAAUUUGGAAACUACUCAUCAAGGAGGUUUUAAAUCCAUUUUACAUAUUUCAACUCUUCAGUGUCUGUUUGUGGUUUAGCGAAGACUAUAAGGAAUAUGCUUUUGCCAUCAUAAUCAUGUCCAUCAUGUCCGUAGCUUUGACGGUAUAUGAUCUCAGAGAGCAAUCUGUAAAACUCCACCAUCUAGUUGAGUCACAUAAUAGCAUUACAGUCUCUGUAUGUGGGAGAAAAGCUGGAGUCCAAGAGCUGGAAUCACGCUUCCUGGUACCUGGAGAUCUAUUAGUUUUGACAGCGAACAAAGUGCAAAUGCCAUGUGAUGCCAUCCUGAUUGAUGGCAGCUGUGUGGUAGAUGAAGGCAUGCUGACAGGAGAAAGUAUUCCAGUGACUAAAACUCCAUUACCCAAGACGGAGAGCUCUGAGCCCUGGAAAACACAGAGUGAAGCAGACUAUAAAUGGCAUGUCCUCUUCUGUGGGACAGAGAUUAUCCAAGCCAGGGGAGCCUGUUCUGGGACCGUGAGAGCGGUGGUGCUGCAGACUGGAUUCAACACUGCAAAAGGGGACCUCGUGAGAUCCAUUCUUUACCCAAAGCCAAUGAAUUUUAAGCUCUACAGGGACGCCAUCAGGUUCCUCUUGUGCCUUGUAGGGACAGCAGCGAUUGGGAUGAUCUAUACUUUGUGCAUCUAUGUGCUCAGUGGGGAUCCUCCUGAGGAGGUGGUGAAGAAAGCUCUGGAUGUCAUCACAAUUGCAGUUCCUCCUGCUCUGCCCGCUGCUUUGACCACGGGCAUUAUCUAUGCCCAGAGGAGGCUGAAGAAGAGAGGCAUCUUUUGCAUCAGCCCCCAGAGGAUCAAUGUAUGUGGACAAUUAAACCUUGUCUGCUUUGACAAGACAGGCACCUUAACAAGGGAAGGUUUGGAUCUCUGGGGAGUCGUGCCUUGCGAUAGGAGUGGCUUCCAGGAGAUCCACAGCUUUGCUUCGGGCAGGUCUUUGCCAUGGGGCCCGCUGUGUGCAGCCAUGGCCACCUGCCACUCUCUGAUUCUUCUCGAUGGGACCAUCCAGGGAGAUCCUCUGGAUCUCAAGAUGUUUGAAGCUACCACCUGGGAGAUGGCUCUUUCUGGGGACGAUUUCCACACCAAGGGAGUGCCGGCACAUGCCAUGGUAGUUAAGCCCUGCAAAACAGCCAGCCAGGUCCCAGUGGAAGGAAUUGCUAUCCUGCGUCAGUUCCCAUUCUCAUCAGCAUUGCAGAGGAUGACAGUCAUUGCCCAAGAGAUGGGGGGUGACCGGCUGGCAUUCAUGAAAGGUGCACCAGAAAGGGUGGCCAGUUUUUGCCAACCUGAGACAGUACCAACUAGUUUUGUUAGCGAACUUCAGAGUUAUACAACACAGGGCUUCCGGGUCAUAGCACUGGCCUACAAGAAGCUGGAAAUGAAUCAUCACAGCACUGCCUUGACAAGGGACAAAGUAGAAUCAGACCUGAUAUUUCUGGGAUUGCUAAUCUUGGAGAAUCGGUUGAAGGACGAGACAAAACCUGUUCUGGAAGAGCUCAUCUCAGCCCGGAUAAGAACUGUAAUGGUCACAGGUGACAAUCUUCAGACUGCAAUAACAGUGGCCAGGAAGUCUGGAAUGGUUUCUGAAAGCCAAAAAGUCAUUCUUAUUGAAGCAAAUGAAACCACUGGGUCCCCAUCAGCAUCUAUAACUUGGAAAUUAGUAGAAGAAAAGAAACACAUUGGAUAUAGCAAUCAGGAUAAUUACAUUAAUAUCAGGGAAGAGGUCUCUGAUAAUGGCAGAGAAGGAAGUUACCAUUUUGCCUUAAGUGGAAAAUCUUUUCAAGUUAUAAGUCAACAUUUCAGCAGCCUACUGCCAAAGAUACUGAUCAAUGGGACCAUCUUUGCAAGAAUGUCUCCUGGGCAGAAAUCCAGUCUGGUGGAAGAAUUUCAGAAACUGGAUUACUUUGUAGGUAUGUGCGGUGAUGGGGCCAAUGACUGUGGGGCUUUGAAAAUGGCUCAUGUGGGCAUCUCUUUAUCAGAGCAGGAGGCAUCUGUGGCCUCACCUUUCACUUCGAAAACUCCAAACAUUGAGUGUGUACCUCACCUUAUCAAGGAAGGACGUGCAGCUCUGGUUACCUCAUUUUGCAUGUUUAAGUACAUGGCUCUGUACAGCAUGAUUCAGUAUGUUGGUGUUCUGCUGCUCUACUGGGAGACAAACAGCCUUUCAAAUUACCAGUUUCUGUUCCAGGAUCUGGCCAUCACAACUCUUAUUGGCAUAACAAUGAACUUGAAUGGUGCCUACCCCAAGCUGGUGCCUUUCAGGCCUGCAGGACGGCUGAUCUCCCCACCUCUGCUGCUCUCUGUGAUUUUCAACAUUCUUCUCAGCCUGGCUAUGCACAUUGUGGGCUUCAUUCUGGUUCAGAGGCAGCCUUGGUAUUCCAUGGAGAUGCACAGUGUCUGCACACUGCAAAAUGAAAGCAUCUCAAAGUUAAUCAUUUCUCCAACUGCUCCAGAAAAAAUUGGAAAUAAUGGUGCCUUCAUAAGCUUUGAGAACACUACCAUAUGGUUCUUGGGAACAAUCAACUGUAUCAUUGUGGCUCUUAUUUUCUCUAAAGGAAAACCAUUUAGGCAGCCCAUCUAUACAAACUAUAUAUUUGUCCUUGUGCUGGUCAUACAGCUGAGUGUGUGUCUCUUCAUCCUAUUUGCUGAUAUUCCAGAAUUAUAUAGGCGUUUGGACCUGCUCUGCACUCCUAUUCUGUGGAGGGUCUACAUCAUCAUUAUGCUCAGUUCCAAUUUCAUUGUGUCCCUUGUUGUGGAGGAGGCCAUCAUUGAAAAUCGAGCCCUGUGGAUGACAUUCAAAAGGUGUUUUGGCUAUCAAUCAAAAAGUCAGUAUCGGAUAUGGCAGAGGGCCUUGGCAAAUGACCCUAGUUGGCCACUGCUAAACCAAACAUCCUACUCUGACAUGCCAGGGUGUGGAAGGGGAGUGUCUUACAGCAAUCCGGUGUUUGAGAGCAAUGAAGAACAUCUCUGA